GCCCUACCGCCACGACACCCUUCUUCCUCUUUACCCUGCUUUUUUUCCAGCUGCUACCGCCGCCAAACUUUUCUUCCUCGUUCUUCAACUUCAUUCUCCCUCCUCUCGUCUUAUAUUUCACCUGUGGGCCAUUGGGUUCGGGGCGCAAUGAUUUUCCUUUCUUCUUCCCUUUUCCCUUGAUGUAAUGGAGAUUCACCGACGACCACCGAGUUUGGGGGGCAGCGGACCCUCUGGGUUCCCACGUUGCUCAGCCCCUGGUUUGGAGGACUUGGAGGCUGACAUUCAAUUGCUAUGUCCCAAUACAAUGUUCUACGAUAAUCCUUAUACCAUCUAUCAUAAUCAGGUCCUUGCCAUACUAAAGCUAGCCGCGGAAGAGUUUGGAAGAUUUAAAGAUCAUGAGGAAAAAGACAAAGUGAAGGUGAAGGAUAUGGAGAAGGAUAAGGAGGUCGAAUUGCAGUUGCUGCAAGCUGUGCAAAAAAGGUCAUUAAAGUUAAAGGGCAAGAAUCUGGCAAAUGAUGGAUCGGAAACUGAAGACAACCAGGGAACAAGCUCUGGUGAUUCUAAUUUGAGAAAGGUGCCGACAUUAUCUAAACAACAACCACAACUGAGCUUCUCCCAGCCAUCUGCUUAUAAUUGGAAUGGAGAGUUUCCAGCUUCGGUUGUAAAGACAGAAGUUAAGCAGGGCUGGAAAAAUAUAAACUUGGUACCCAGUUAUCAAGAGGCUUCCAAGAUCCUAUGGGUUAUGCAAGAAGUCUAGCAAGAUUUGCUGCUGAUUUGGGCUCGGAGGCUUGAAAAGUUGCUGCCCCGCCGUGGAUGCCAACCGGUGGCUCUUAUUGUUCCGCUAAUGGUAAUAUUAGUCCAUCCCAACUUGGGAUCACUUAGGCUUCAGAUUCAAGUUUAUCCUAUGCUUUCAGACAAUUUAUGAGAUGAACAGUCCAUCAACAGUAGAAAAUGCCAACCAAUGAAUUGCCAAGAAGAUAAUUGCACAGACAAAAAUGAAGAAAGUGGAAUGAACAGAUUGAAGAUACAAGAGAAGCCGAAAAAGCUGCCACAAUUGCGUCUAUUGAUUUUUGUGAUCAAUGAAUUUAUUAAUGGAAUUUUAAGUUCUGAUUAGUUGUAUGAUAUGAUAUAAAUGAUUAUUGAUAUGAUAUUUUGAAUGUAAAAUUAAUUUUUA